AUGGGGAUCGUGCAAUUUCCGCAGGAGUGCAUGAAAGUCUCCCCAAAUGCGGAUCAAUCCAAGUAUUGCAGAUUCCAUAGGCAGGUGGGCCACGAUACCGAUGAAUGCAACAUGUUAAAACGCCAGAUUAAGGAGCUCAUCCAGAGGGGAUACUUCAGACAGUUCAAGAAGGAUGACAGCUCCGAACCGUCAUCCUCGAGUGGUAAGAAAAGGGAACACGACCAAGUUACAGUAACAGAUCUCUCUGACAAAGACACAGAAGAGCCCAGGAAACACAAGAAGCAGACCAUACACUUCAUCUGCGGAGGUCCUGCAGGCGGAGAUACACAAGCAGAAAGGAAGAAGUGGAGUCGCCAGUUAUAUGUAGGUGAGGUGGUCAGCCUUCCAAAGGGAAAAAAGCAAAGGAGGGAAGCCAUUACCUUCUCUGACGAUGACCUCCCAGAAGGUCCACUGCCUCACCGAGAUGCGUUGGUGAUCAAGAUGGAGAUCAACGACAGCAUCGUGCAUCGCAUACUCGUAGACAGCGGAAGCUCAGUCAACGUGAUGUACUACGACGCUUUCACCAAACUGGGACUCCCCAGAAAUCAACUCAAAGAGGUACGGACUCCACUUUCUGGUUUUACGGGGGAUUCAAUAGAGACGGAGAGAUCCGUGGUACUACCGGUAGAGAUAGGCGUGAGCCCCAACACCUCCAAGAUAAACAUGGAGUUCAUUGUUGUGAAACUCACAUGUGCCCAUAACAUCAUACUGGGGAGGCCAGCUCUGGAAGAUCUGAAGGCGAUAAUCUCGAUGGAGCACCUAUGCAUGAAAUUUCCCACACCAUACGGGAUAGGAGUUGCGAGAGGAGAUCAAAGAGCAGCUCGUANGCAGAAAAAGUGCUGA